GCCGUUCGACCCAACGUCCACAUCGUCGAGCUCGCCCUCUUUGCCGUCCAACUCCUUUCUUUGAACACGUCACUAUGUCCGAGCUCUGCCCCGUCUACGCGCCCUUCUUCGGUGCCAUGGGCUGCACCAGCGCCAUCGUCUUCACUUGCAUUGGUGCCAGUUAUGGUACCGCGAAGUCAGGAGUUGGCAUUUCUGCCAUGUCGGUGCUCCGGCCUGACCUGAUGAUGAAGUGUGUCAUCCCCGUCAUCAUGGCUGGUAUCAUUGCUAUCUACGGCCUCGUCGUCUCCGUCCUCAUCUCCGGCAACUUGUCUAUGCACAUGACCCUGUUCCAGGGCUUCGUGCAGCUCGGUGCCGGUCUCUCUGUCGGUCUUGCGGGUCUCGCGGCCGGUUUCGCGAUUGGCAUUGUCGGUGACGCUGGUGUACGGGGAACCGCUCAGCAGCCACGACUCUUCGUCGGCAUGAUCCUUAUCCUCAUUUUCGCCGAAGUCUUGGGUCUGUACGGCCUCAUUGUCGCCCUCAUCAUGAACUCGAGAGCUGGUGACGUCGCAGGAGCGUGCACGGCAUGAAAUAGUUGACGAGUGAUACCAGGAGCUGCGGAGGGCGCACAACAGGAGCUCAUGCCAUACAUGGACGCUUCGCCGCGCGCCUCCUCCUAUGAACUUUGUCGCAUACAGUCAAUGCUCUCGCUUCCGCUUCUACACCCAUGUGCUGUACGGUACAUAUAAUACCACACUUUCCCAGCGAG